AUGGCCACAGCUAUGGAAAGAAAGUUUACUGGACUUAGAAAGCGUCUAGAUCAAUUAGGCUAUCGUCAGCCUCUGGGAGUGGAGUCUCUACCUCUGGUUGAACGUUUAUGGGAACGGCAUGUGGCACCAUAUCAACAGGACAAUGGUCGAUUAACUCAAGAAAACAUUAGUCUUCAUCAACAAAUUAUGAAACUUAAAGAAUCUCUUGAACUCAAAACUAAAGAGUUAAAAGCAGCUAUAAGACGACUUGAACAUGAGAACACUGACUUAAAAUUUCUCAACAAUCAGUAUAUGCAACGUUUGAUUACACAAGAAAAAGAGUCACAAGCAAAGUCUGAAAAAAUUUUAGAACUUCAAGAAAAAAACUCGCAAGCUGUCAUUCAAACUCCAGGUGGAAGAAAACGGCAAAUACCAUUUCGUCGACAACGUAUGGAACUUGAUUCUACACUCACAGACAACCCAUCUGUCCCCACGUCCCAGAAAGCUCAUGUUACCCUUCCUUCUCCUGAUCCUUAUGUUGCUGAUCUCCUCAAAGUAGCUGACAACAAAAUGGCUGACAUGCAAAGAUCUUUAGAACAAUUAGAAAAAGAGAAAUCAUUAUUAUUAGAUAGUAUACAAGAUCUUAAGAAACAAGUGGACUUCUUACAACAAGCUAAUCAGAAAUUGGAAUCUGAACUGAUAGAAGAACAGACUAAAAAUUCACAGCUGCAGUCUCGAGUUGAUGAAUUAAGUAGUAAAAACUCACGUAUUUGUACAGAAUUACAAGAGAUAGGAGAGCUAGUGAAGGAGAUGGAGAAGGAGAGAGAAGACAAGGAGGGAUCAUUGAAAUCUGAAGUGGAUAAGUUAGUCCAGAAAUGUCAUGAACUCACUCAAAAACUAAAGAUAUUAGAAGAAGAGAAACAACAACAACAAACAGUCAAUGAUGAAUUGAAUAGAGUACGUACAGAGUCCAGGGGACCUACAACUGCUCAUCUCUUACGUCGACUUGAAGGUGAACGAGAUGAUGCUAGAUUAGAAGUUCAACAGUUGAGAUCAGAGUGUGAGAGUCUACGAGAGAGACUACAAGUUAUGAGAGAAGGAAGAGAGAAAGAGGAAGUCGAGGAAGAACAGGAAAUGAAGGAGUUGUUGUUAAGGAUUGAAGAACAUAUUACUACAUUACAAUCUUAUGAACUACAAUUAUCAAAUUUGACUCAUUCACUCCAAAAAAUGGAACAAACUGUACGACAGGAACAAGAAGAGAAGAAAGCAUUACUGGGUGAUUUGACAGCUGUGAGAGAACUGUGUCUUCAAUUAGAACGUACUAAAGAGUCUCUUACACGUCAACUAUCAUCAUUGUCUGUUACACAAGAACAGAGACAACAAGAACUAGUUGAUAUCAUAGCUGAGAGAGAUCUACUUAAACAACAAGUAAGAGAAGAGAUAACAACUUUAACACAGGAUAUGAUUUCUCAGCUAGGAGUUGAAGAGGUAAUUGCUCGUGAACAAGAGGACCUCAAUCACAAAGUGCUAAUCUCAUGA